CAUCCCCUUCCCUCCUGGUCUCGGAGGACCCCGUCCUAGCCCGACCUGUUUCGGCCUGCAGCCCACGCGAAGCCGUCGCUGCCACUGCCCGCUCAUGUGGGCCCCUGCGGGCUGCCCACGCCAGUCCCCCAGCUCCCGGUUCCGCGGGGCUUUCCCUUCGCUGGGGGUGGCUUUCUGAGCCACCCACUCCGUGCCCAUCUCUGCAGCCUCUCCUGCCGCUCGGGGCCCCCGUUCCCCCUCCCGGCGGCGGGGGGCUGCCCCCGGGGGGCUGGCGGAGCUGGGCCGCGGGGGCCCCGGGGCCGGCGGUGCCGGGGUCAUCGGGAUGAUGCGGACGCAGUGUCUGCUGGGGCUGCGCACGUUCGUGGCCUUCGCCGCCAAGCUCUGGAGCUUCUUUAUUUACCUUUUGCGGAGGCAGAUCCGCACGGUAAUUCAGUAUCAGACUGUUCGAUAUGAUAUCCUCCCCUUAUCUCCUUUGUCCCGGAACCGACUAGCCCAGGUGAAGAAGAAGAUCCUGGUGCUGGAUCUGGAUGAAACACUGAUUCACUCUCACCAUGAUGGGGUCCUGAGGCCUACAGUGAGGCCUGGAACACCUCCUGAUUUCAUCCUCAAGGUAGUCAUAGACAAACAUCCUGUCCGGUUUUUUGUACAUAAGAGGCCCCAUGUGGAUUUCUUCUUAGAAGUGGUAAGCCAGUGGUAUGAGCUCGUGGUGUUUACAGCAAGCAUGGAAAUUUAUGGCUCUGCUGUGGCAGAUAAACUGGACAAUAGCAGAAGCAUUCUUAAGAGGAGAUACUAUAGACAGCACUGCACUUUGGAGUUGGGCAGCUACAUCAAAGACCUCUCUGUGGUCCACAGUGACCUCUCCAGCAUUGUGAUCCUGGAUAACUCCCCCGGGGCUUAUAGGAGCCACCCAGACAAUGCCAUCCCUAUCAAAUCCUGGUUCAGUGACCCCAGUGACACAGCGCUUCUCAACCUCCUCCCAAUGCUGGAUGCCCUCAGGUUCACUGCUGAUGUCCGUUCCGUGCUGAGCCGAAACCUGCACCAACACAGGCUCUGGUGACGGCUGCCCCCCCUCCACCUGAGCUGGGGUGGGGGGGAAAGGGAGGGAGAACUCUUGGGAUGCCGUCUGUUGCCCUGUCCAAUGUGAGGACUGCCCGGGCAGGGUCUGCCCCUCCUACCCCUCUCUGCCCUCGGAGCCCUGCACUCCACUAAUGGAGUCUGGAUGGACACAUGGGCCAGACGGAAGCAGCCUCACUCUUCGUGUUCACACUCCAUGGACAUGCCGGCCUGGACAGGGGAGGCCUUGGAGAGCUCAGCUGUCUGGUGGAGAAGGCAGGAGUGGCCUGAGUGACAGACGUGUCAUCCCAGAGGCUCAACAGAAGCCAAGUCAACUUUGUUGUGAUUUGAUUUUUUAAAAACUCUUGUACAAAACCGAUCUAAUUCUUCACUCCUGCUCCAAGGGCUGGGCUGUGGGUGGGAGCCUGGGAUUUUGGGCCACCGGAUCUUCCUCAAACUUGUCCUUCCCUUACUUUUCCUCAUUUUUUCUUCCCCCAAACUCCCUGAUACCUGUAAUCAACUUUCUCUUUUCUUUCUUCCUCUUUUAAACCAUGCAUUAUAACUUUGAAACCAAA